AUGAAGUUAGUAAUUGUAACAAUUUAUUUACUAUUUUGCUGUAUUUCAGCUUACUCAGACACACAAUCAGUUGGAAUUGAUUUAAUCUCGCAAUUCUUAUUGGAAGACAACUCAGUUAUAAAAGAGAACGGAGGAAUAAUCGAUAAAACAGGAUUUGAUGGACUCCCAGCAGGCGAAGUUAUAGCUCAGCAAGGCACAAUCCAGCGACUUAAACAGAGGGCCCGUUCAGCAGCAGGCUUAUUUGCAAGAAGCCAAGGGUUAUCAUCAUUUCAAUCAAUGGGAGCAAUAGAAAAUAAUGAAAAUCUAAAAGGUUGGAAAUCUUUUAACGUGAUGCUUAUGGGGACGAAUGAUUAUCAAGUUGUUCAAGUUUGCUUGCCUGAAAUUGAACAAAAAAUUGUGUUAGUUAUACCACAGAAUGAUAGAUGUGGCCCGAAAAUUCAAAAUGUGGAGGCUUCUUUGGGGACUCAAACUAAAUCAUUAUUUGAAGGAAAUUUUGGGGGACUGGCGUUUCCUGGAGAAAUUUUUAAAAAUAGCCAGGUCGAGAAUAGGGCUUUGAAUAAGCUAAAUCCUGCUGAUGAAAUAGCAGAGGCUGCACAAAAUCUAAAGAGCUUGUUUUCAAAACUUGCUUUGGAAGCACAAAGCUCAAUUGGUAAAAUAGAAGAAGCCAUGAAACGAGUUGAUGAGCAAAAUAUUUUUAAGUUUAAGUAA